UGAUCAGUUUCAGGAGCCAGAAUCUGCACGGGAACCACCACCUCGUCGAUGCCCUGUUUGGUCAGAAACGUUGGAUGCCCUAUCAAGAUACAGUCGACAAGGGGUGGUUGGUAUUCCUUCGCCCCCAGUCUGAAAAAGGCCCACCCCCUAGCAGAAGCCUAUGGCGCCAACCUUCUCAUAUGUCUGACGCAGGGCCCUGGCGCACUCGAAGAUUUCGGGUUCACGUAUAUCGCGACCGUUUUGUUUCAUGAGGUUCGGGAGGUUGAGUUUGGGAAGGUCCAGCCAAACAGAUCGCGAAUGAGCAUCACGGCGACGUCGGGGCUGUCACCGUUGAUGUACAGAGUAGGUGUGCGUUAUUGCCAAGCUUUCCAACCCGGCUAG